CGACGUGCAACUAAUGAAACAUAUUCCAUACAUAAUCCUUUUCUUUAUUUAUGGAUAAUUGCAUCAUUCAUCGGUUCAACAUACAAACUUAUAUGGGAUCUCAAAAUGGAUUGGGGCUUUUUCGAUACGAAUGCUGGCGAAAAUAAAUAUUUACGCGAUCAAAUCGUCUAUUCAUCCAAAGUUUACUAUUACGUUGCCAUCGUUGAAGAUAUUUUCUUUCGAUACAUUUGGAUAAUUAAUAUAUUUGUACAUUUUCAUACACCAUCAGCCGAAUAUGCUGAUUUUAUCGGCUUUUCCUUCGGUCUUGUUGAGAUAUUUCGAAGAUUUAUUUGGAAUUUUUUUCGUUUAGAAAAUGAACAUUUGAAUAAUUGCGGCGACUUUCGUGCCGUUCGUGAUAUUUCAGUAGCACCGAUAUCGACUGAUAUCAAUUAUGCAUUAAUCGAAUAUAAGUUGAACAAAGAACCGGGCAUUCGAAGUCGACGCAGACCAGUACAGGAUGAAAUGAUUAUUGAGGAAGAGAAUAUGGUGACGACGGGUGAUAGGGCAAGGAGCGAAACGGAAAGUAAUACCGCAGUAUUAGACAAUAAUACAAUUUCGACACGUGAUCCGACAGCAGUAGAACAUGUAGACGAGACCAAUGCAACGUUGAGAGACAUUUCAUCGCUGAGCCUCCGUUCAUUGAUGCUUCGGGAUGAUUCUGAUUCGCCAUAUCCAAUACUUCGAAUCCAUAAGUUGAAUGGAUUACUAAAACAUUCGAAAUCUUUAUAA